UUGACACUUCCGGGUUUUUUAGAGCGCGGGCGAAGUCCAGGUCGUCGUUCACGUUCACCGCGUGGCGCCGCACGUCCGGACCGCAGUGAAAAAGCAACAAUCGCAUCGAGCCGUCGAUCGCCAUCACCGGAACGCCAUCGGCGUCGUCUCUCACCGUCACCAAAACACCGCCCUUCACCGUCACCCAAACGACGUGCCGAUCGUAGUGGAAGUCGUGAGAAACGCAAUCGUUCACGUUCACGGGAACGCAAGGUUAGCCCGGUUCGCAAGGUGACCCCACCACCUCGUCGUCUGUGUGUGCGUAAUCUGAGUCGCAACGUCACGAAGGAGCAUUUGGCGGAAAUUUUUAGUGUUUAUGGAACAUUGAAAACUUGUGAAUUGCCUAUGGAUCGUCAGCAUACUCAUCUCGGCAGAGGAUACGGCUAUGUGGAAUUCGAGCAACCAGAAGAUGCCGAGAAGGCAUUGAAACAUAUGGAUGGCGGGCAAAUAGACGGCCAAGAAGUGACUUGCGAGCUUACGCAUCCACCACGCUCCGUGAUCAAUGGAAGUGGAAGACGAGCGCUUUCGCCGCUACGGUACCGUGGUGGAUCGCCUCGCCGAUAUCGUAGUCCACCGCCGCCACGUGGUCGCGCAAGCGGAGGUAAUCUGGUACCGUUGGGACCAAGUCGCUUCAAUCGAUCUCGUAGUCGCAGCUUACGUCGCCGGCGCAGCCGUUCAUAA